AUGGCAGACCAUUUUCGCCUUUACUGCCACUACUAUUCACUAUGCUCCGUCAUGGUCCGUUUUAGCAAUGCUCUAGUCCGUCCUUUUCCCAAAGAGCGACUCCAGAUCGAGGAGCAGAUCAUUGACAUCCAGCACGGAGGACAACUCACUGAAGAAUAUUUAUGCGAAAUCAACCAUUUAGGGACCGUCCCCGUCCUUGCCGGAAAGACACUUGAGAGGUCACUCACAGACAGUCUGGAUAUAACGGUCUUCCUGGCCGAACGUUACCUUCCGACGCUAAUGCCUACCCAUAUAGCUGACCAGAGUCGAUCCUUACUUGAGGAGAUACACGACAUUAAUUACUUUUCUCUAACCUAUACACACAAAGAGCACAGGGUGGCCGAGAUGCAAGAUGCGAUGAAAGCAGCCUGCUCUAAUCCAGAUAUGUCGGACAGGCAUCGGAAAGCAUUGGAGGAUAAGCUUCAGGUCGCAAUCUCAUCACAACUACCAGCACUUAGCAACGAACUGGUUGUAGAGGCUGAGGAAAAGACCUUAAAACUUCUUGCAAAGUUGGAGCAGAUUCUGAUGCAGUCGGAACAACAGUCUCAGACACCAUCUCCUUGGCUGUUUGGGACACAGGAGGCAACAGCGCUCGAUGGACACGUGGUUCCGUUCCUAGCGCGCCUACUAGAUGUGGGUCGUGGUGAGAUGCUCGGGAGAAAAGAUAGUCGAUUGCAUAGAUAUGUGGAGGCUGCGUACGAGACUGAGGCGUGGAAGGAAAUCGUAGGGGAUCGAACCACAGUAUAUGCCGGAUUUUGA